AUGGACUCCAUCACUCAAGACACUGAAAUGAAGCAAAACGGCUACACAGAAGUCCACAAACCUGUGGGUGGCAUAUUUCUGGAGAAGACAAAGGAGAAGAUAACCAUAUAUCAAGCCAUGAAAAAACGUCUGCUAAAACCAGGAACAGCAUUAGCCCUGCUUGAAGCACAAGCUGCCACAGUGGGUAUUGUAGACCCAAUAAACAAUCGAAUACUUUCUGUUGCAGAUGCUGUUAAAGAGGAAAUAGUUGGACCUGAGAUGAAAGAGAAACUCCUUACAGCAGAGAAAGCCAUCAGUGGCUAUGUAGACCCCUACACCAACCAAAUGAUAUCUGUAUUCCAAGCAAUGCUUAAAGAUUUGGUGCCCAAAGAUUAUGGAUUGAGGCUGCUUGAAGCACAGAUAGCCACAAAAGGCCUGUUUGAUCCUGUGGAGAAGACAAAUAUUUCAGUUGAAACUGCGAUUAAGAAGGGCUACUAUGAAAAAGGUUUGCUCAGUGACCAGAUGUCUGAACUCAAGGUGUUCUACAAUCCCAGCUCUCAGGAAAAUCUCAACUACCAAAAACUCCUCGAGAAAUGCAUUACAGAACCUGACACAGGCCUGGUGCUCCUUCCUGUCUGCAUCGCCUUCAAAGGUCUGCGAAGAGGUAUCUCCUCCACUGAACUUUUCGAAUCAAAGAUCAUUGACAAAGAAACAUUUGAUGACCUACAGAAAGGGAAGACCACAACACAGGAUGUGAUGUUGAUGGAGACAGUAAAAGAAUACCUGGAGGGCAAAGGCAGUAUUGCAGGCAUUGCAGUACUCUCAUCCAAUCAGAGAAUGAGCAUUUAUGAUGCCAUGAAGCAAGGCAUAUUGAUGCCUGGAACAGCACUAGUUCUACUAGAGGCACAAGCAGCAACAGGAUUCAUGAUUGAUCCUGUAGAAAAUAAAAAGUUCACUGUGGAUGAGGCCAUCAAAAACAAGCUUUUUGGCCCACAAUAUCAUGCAAAGCUGCGUUCCGCUGAGCGAGCAGUAACUGGUUACAAAGACCCAUACACAGAUGACACUAUAUCCCUGUUUCAAGCACUGUCAAAAGAUUUGAUUGUAAAAGAACAUGGGAUCCGCCUACUUGAGGCGCAAAUCGCCACAGGUGGAGUAAUAGACCCAGUCAACAGUCACAGACUUCCUAUAGAAGUGGCCUUCAAAAGAGGUUAUUUCGAUGAAGAAAUGAACGGCAUACUAGAGAAUUCCGGGGAUGACACCAAAGGAUUUUUUGACCCAAACACAGAAGAGAAUCUCACUUAUCUUCAGCUAAUAGAAAGGUGCGUCAUUGACCCUGUCACUGGACUGUGCCUCCUUCCUCUCCUUGAUACAACUAAAGUUGUCUUUGAGGGCAUCAGAGAAACUGUCACAGCCAAACAGCUUGUGGAGGCAGACAUCAUUAGUGAGGAGGUCCUAGAGGAUCUGGAACAGGGAAAAAAGUCUGUGAAGGAAGUUAUAGAAGAUGAAAACAUAAAAGUGUACCUACAGGGGACAGACAGUAUUGCAGGUAUUCUUCUUCCGGAUUCCCAAAUCAUGACCAUCUACCAGGCCAGACAAAAAGGGAAGCUGAGGCCAGGAACUGCUCUGAUUCUACUGGAGGCACAGGCAGCCACAGGGUUCAUUAUUGACCCAAUUGGGAACAGAAAGUUUUCAGUGGAUGACGCUGUCAAAGCAAAGAUUGUAGGCGCUGACAUCUGUCAAAAGCUGCGUUCGGCAGAGAAAGCAGUCACUGGGUACAAAGAUCCAUAUGAUGGCAAAAUAAUCUCUUUGUUCCAAGCCAUGCAAACAGACCUGAUCCUAAAAGACCAUGGAAUUCGACUCCUGGAGGCACAAAUUGCCACUGGUGGGAUCAUUGACCCUGUGAACAGCCAUCGCAUUCCUGUCCAUGUGGCCUACAAGAGGGGAUACUUUAAUGAGGAAAUGAAUCAGAUCCUGAGUGAUCCAAGUGAUGACACCAAAGGAUUCUUUGACCCAAACACUCAGGAAAACCUGACAUACUUGCAGCUCAUGGCCAGAUGUGUCACAGAUCCCAGUACAGGUCUGUGCCUCUUGCCACUCAAAAGCAAAAAUAACAAAAUUAACAUUAAUGAUAACACCAAGGAAUCAUUCAGAACAACAACAGUAGCUGUUAAGUAUGGCAGAUUCAGAGAAAAGCACACAACAUUGUGGGAUCUUAUCAAUUCAGAGUAUAUCUCUGAGGACAAAAGACAGGAGUUUUUCAAACUCUUCAAGUCGAGGAAAAUCACAAUUGAGGAAAUCAUUGUGACGAUUAUGGAGAUCAUUGAGACUUGA